UGCCUUGAGAUAUCGGCUUUAUCCUGUGAAGGUUAGAAUGGCGCAGGAUAAAGCCGAUAUCUUAAGAGAGUAACCAGCUAUUCGCUACUUAUUCAGCAAUACUAAUCAACAGACACUUACAUCCCCAAUUUAAUGAGUGAUGACGUCACAAUGAUAUGUCGUGUCUAUGUUGCGAUGCGACGGAGCGUCAUUGCAAACUCAAUGCUAAUAACGUAACGUUAUAAAGCCUGAAAACCUUUUCUGUUACUUAACAGUUACUAAGAAAGGGUAUUGGUCUACUACUGCGCAAUAUGGAAGUCUAUUUUACGCUGGCAGCUAUGCUGCAUAUGUUAUUAGCCACCUCGUUUUGUACACGGAUUGGAAAGAAAGAUAUAGAUGUUGAACCAGACAUCAGAAUCCCUGGAAACAACGCAUUUGUACCGGCAGUCACACGUCAAAACGAUUAUAAUCAAAACCACAAGACCGAACUCAAGAGACUGAAACGCACCCUUGAUUUAAAUUUAGAUUUAGAUAUGGACUUUAGUCCUUUAGACAGUAUUGUAAAAUCGGAAAAGCAGGACGAAGAAUGGAAGAAAAGGGAUAGAUUAAGAGCAAAGAAAAUUCAACAUAAGAUACAAAGAAAAAUUCAACAUAAGAUACAAAGGAAAAUUCAACAUAAGAUACAACGGAAAAGGCAGAAGAAAUGGGAAAAUGAAAGAAUGAAGCAGACGGAAAGAGCAAGACAAUCGCAGAUGGAAUGGGAAAGACAAGUGAUGGUGGAAAGAGCACAACGAGCGAGGCUAGAAAUGGAGGUGCUGAGGGAAAGGGAAAAACGAGCGAGAUUGAAAAUGGCAGUGGAGAGGGAAAAACAAAAACAGGAGAUAUUGGAAAAGGAGAAAGAAGAAAAGCUAGAGAGGGAAAUGAGUCUGAUGUUUAAACAGCAGUUAAAGGAGGAGCAGGAUCUGGCUGAGAGUUUCGCUGAGGAAAUGAAAGUGGAGACGAAACUAACAGAGCAUUUGGAGAAGCAGAUGAACGGCGAGGUGGUUCUGUCUGAAGAUGAAGAUGAGGAUGAAGAUGGGGAGCAGGAUCAGGAGGAUAAUUUAGACAUUGUGGACGCCGUUCUAGAAGAUACUGAACUGGAACUAACGGUACCUGGCGAAGACGAAGCAAAGAAGUAUGAACGUCAAAUUAACGCAAUCGAAAUGGAGGAGACUGAUUAUGAAGAAGAACAAAGCAAAGACAGAUGAGAAUAAUACGAAAGCAGGUCUGACGAGCCAAACCAAACAAUGGACAGUUGGGAGAAAGCAGAAGCUUGUGUGUGUUCAGAUACGCCCGUGGUUCGUGUCUCUCUUGGUCUUCGUGAAAGGACAAGUUCCACAACGUCUGGAGCAAAUUUGCUAACAGCAAGCUUCAAAAAUGCACUGCGAUGAUAGAUCGUUGAACGCUCACUCUACACACUAGCGAUCCCAGCAGAGUGUUUCCUACGCUCACUGAUGCUAAAUGUAUGCUGCCUUUGCUCAACUCAGCUGUCGCUGACAGUUUAUUUGUCAAGUAGACAUGGACUCACCAAGUUCAUGAGAUACGUAAAGACUUGAUAUUAUUAGAAUUUAGUCUUGAGUUAGUUGUGUUGAAUUUGAUAAAUUGAGAAUUCAUGGAAUUGCAAGAACAUAUUGCAGGUAGUGAUGUAUCCAUCAUGGAAAGUGGUCAUAUGAGAUAUUCAUCAGGAUACAGCAAGAUACCCUUGAGAUAACAACAAGAUGUCUCUCUGUAUACACUGAAUACUAAUACACCUGUAUGUUUUAUCAUGAUAUAUCAAGCUGUGUGUCGAUAUUAUGCAUCACAAUGUUGAUCAGUAUACACCGAGAUGCUUAUCAGUAUAUAUCAAUAUGUUUAUCAGUAUACAUCAAGAUGCUUAUCAGUAUAUUCCAUGAUGUUCAAAAAUGAUACAAAGAUGAUUAUCAGUACCCACAAAGCCGUUUAUUGGACAAACCAAUAUAUUCAUAUCAGUGUACACAAAGAUGUUUAUUAGUAUACGUCAACAUCUUUAUCAGUAUACAUAAAGAUGUGUAUUAGUAUACGUCAAGAUGUGUAUCAGUAUACAUCCAGAUGUUUAUCAGUAUACGUCAAGAUGUCUAUAAGUAUACACCAAGAUGUUUACCUGUAUAUACCAAGAUGUUUAUCAGUAUAUGUCAAGAUGUCUAUCAACAUACACCAAGAUGUUUAUCAGUAUAUAUCAAUAUGCUUAUCAGUAUACAUCAAGAUGUCUAUCAGUGUACAUCAAUAUGUGUAUCAGUAUAUAUCAAUAUGUGUAUCAGUAUAUAUCAAUAUGUUUAUCAUUAUGUAUCAAGAUGUUCAUCAGUAUACACCAAGAUGUUUAUCAGUAUAUAUCAAUAUGUUUAUCAGUAUACAUCAAGAUUUUUAAUAGAUUACAUCAAUAUGUUUAUCAGUAUACACCAAGAUGUUUAUCAGUAUACACCAAGAUGUUUAUCAGUAUAAAUCAAUAUGUGUAUAAGUAUAUAUCAAGAUGUUUAUCAGUAUACAUCAAGGUGUUUAUCUGUAUACGCCAAGAUGUUUAUCAGUAUACGUCAAGAUUUUAUCAGUAUACGUCAAGAUUUUAUCAGUAUACGCCAAGAUGUUUAUCAGUAUACGCCAAGAUGUUUAUCAGUAUAUGCCAAGAUGUUUAUCAGUAUACGCCAAGGUGUUUAUCAGUAUACACCAAGAUGUGUAUCAGUAUACGCCAAGAUGUGUAUCAGUAUACAUCAAGAUGUAUAUCAGUAUAUGCCAAGAUGUCUAUCAGUAUACGCCAAGAUGUCUUUCAGUAUACGCCAAGAUGUUUAUCAGUAUACACCAAGAUGUUUAUCAGUAUACACCAAGAUGUCCGUAACAAAACAUCAAAAUGUUGUAGGCUCAAAUGCCAGUGUUCCUUUGGUACAUCAUGGCUAGGAUACAAGUAGUUCAGUUGCAGAAAACUAUAUGGUUUGGUCAGUUGCUGACCAUGUAGGAAGACUAUCCUGAGAUAUCGAUAUUAUCCGACGAAUGUUAGAAUGGUGAAUGCUGCGAGGCAAAUAAAGAGUUAAUGUUUCA